UCAAGAGGCAAAGGCGAGUAACAAAAGAAUUUACAUAAUUUUCUCUAACUUUAGUUUUCUAUAUCUCAAACAAAAGAAUGAGCAUAGGAAACCUAUCCAUAUAACCCGCUCCAUUUUCAAUUCAUAACACUUCUUUGAAAACCUCGAAAAAUAGUGACCCUUUUGCAGUUGUAAUUUUCUUCUUCAUUCAGUAAUAGUAAGGUGAAGUAGCAGCAAUUUUUUUAAUUGAGUAUUUUUUGAGGUGAUGGAGAACAUAGGUAUAGUUUCUUCACCUAAAAUGGUAUUGGGUCUCUCUUCAAAUCCAGUUAUUUCCAACAAAACCUUCUUUGGUCUUCCUUAUUUACCCAAAAGACCCUCCAAGAAUUCAAGAACUGUCAGACCCACACCUUGUUUUCAAGUGGUUUCUUGUUUUCAGGGUCCAAAAGUCACUAAAAAGAUAGUGGUGAGAAAAUUAGGGAGGGAUUCUUUUGCUAGCACUACAACUAAAGGUGGCCAGCAGACUUCUUCAGUUGGUGUAAAUCCACAAUUUUCAGCUCCACCACCAUCUCAAGUAGGGUCUCCUCUUUUUUGGAUUGGAGUUGGUGUUGGGUUUUCAGCACUUUUCUCAUGGGUGGCUUCAUACCUAAAGAAGUACGCUAUGCAGCAAGCAUUCAAAACAAUGAUGGGACAAAUGAAUGGCCAGAAUAGUCAAUUUAGCAACACUGCCUUUUCACCCGGGUCACCUUUUGGCAACGCUUCUUUUUCACCUGGGUCAUCUUUUCCAUUCCCACCACCUCCAGUGUCAAGUCCAGCUAGUUCAUCACCUUCACCACCUACUACAUCCACCUCAUCUACACCCUCAGCUUCAUUUGCAUCUCAGACGGCGACUGUUGAUGUAUCUGCAUCUAAAGUGGUGGAGCCUCCAGCUGUGAAUGUCAAAAAUGAAACAGAAGCUGAAAAGGAGCCAAAGAAAAAUGCUUUUGUUGACAUUUCUCCUGACGAAACAUUCCAGAAGGGUGCUUUUGAAAAUUAUAAGGAAUCAACUGAGCCAGCAGCUUCGGUAACUGUUGAUCAGGUAACUCAAAAUGGAGCUGCUUCACAGUCAGGGUUUGGUGCAAAUACAUCCGACAAUACCUCAUCAACUGGAAAAUCCAAUCCGCUAUUGUCAGUGGAUGCUCUGGAGAAAAUGAUGGAAGAUCCAACAGUGCAGAAGAUGGUUUACCCCUAUCUACCGGAGGAGAUGAGGAAUCCUACAACAUUUAAAUGGAUGUUACAAAAUCCCCAAUACCGUCAACAGUUGCAGGACAUGAUGAAUAACAUGGGUGGAAACCCAGAAUGGGACAACCGCAUGAUGGAUAACUUGAAGAAUUUUGAUCUUAGCAGCCCUGAAAUCAAGCAACAAUUUGAUCAAAUAGGGCUUACUCCCGAGGAAGUCAUUUCAAAGAUUAUGGCUAAUCCUGAUGUUGCUAUGGCUUUCCAAAAUCCAAGAGUGCAAGCAGCCAUCAUGGAUUGUUCUCAGAAUCCACUGAGUAUUUCAAAAUAUCAAAAUGACAAGGAGGUGAUGGAUGUCUUCAACAAAAUAUCGGAACUAUUCCCUGGGAUGUCAGGUUCACCUUGAUUCGCUCCUUCCUGCUUAAGCAGCUAUUAUGCGAGCGGACUUUGUCAUUUUUGUUCUGUUUGAGUGAGGUAUCAGUCAGAACUGUUGGGCUUUAAGAUGUAGUUUGCACCCUCUGUUGGUUAUGUGCUAGCGGAAGGCUCAUGUUGCAACGGAUGCACAUGAAAACGUCGCCUCCUUGUUAAGAAUAUAUAAAUUCAUCGCCCUUCUCAAAUUUUGUGGAUGUUAACAUACUUGCGUUGGCUUACCAGUAGUCUUUUAGAAGCUAACUUCAGCUGUAAAUUUACCAGUUUCUUUAUGGUUUUAGAGUCACUUACGCUUAUUCAACUGUCUUGAUUUCAUGAAAAUGCACUAUUCUUCUA